ACACGAUAAUAAUUGGUACUUUAAGUUAUAACUCUGUUUCAUAUGCGAUGCAAUUUGUAGCGAAUAUAAGUCCAGCGAAACCCUAACUUCCCGCGGAAACCCUAUUUGAUUGUUCAUGAUCUUCAUCUAAAAUCUCGGUCAAACAAAGCAGCUUGAAAUCAUGGGAGGUCAUGGAGGUCUUAACAUCCUCCCACAGAAGAGGUGGAAUGUUUACAACUUCGAUAACCGCGAGAAAGUUCGCAAAGACGAGGAAGAAGCCGCCAAAGAAGAACAGCUCAAGCGCGACCAAUCUCGCAAGCGCGAUUCUCAACUCCGCCUUCAGCAACUCCGCCGCGCCACCGGCGUCGAUCCCGUCUUAGCUCCCACGCCCCCAAUUGAAGAAUCAAAAUCGGAAUUAUCAAAGACUCUUGUCGAAUCGAAAUCGGAAUCAUCAAAGACUGUUGUCGAACCGAAAUCAGAAUCAGAUUCGAAGCAUAUUAACUUGUUUGACGGAAUUAAGAUAUUUGAUCCAAUUGAGGUGGUAGAGAAGGUGAGAGAAGAUGAAAGGAAUAAGAGGAAGAAGAUGAAGAAGGAGGAAGUGAGGGUGGUGGGACCCGAGGAUGAGAAGUAUAGGCUUGGCUAUGGUGUCGCUGGGAAAGGUGUCAAGGCUCCUUGGUAUGCAAUGAAGCCUGUAAAGGAAGUGGAAGAGAGAGAGCCAAAGUUAGAGAUUAAUAGUGGGAAGAUCAAGAAGAAGAAGACAGUGGAAGAGCUGAGAGAGGAGAGGUUCAAGAGAGAGAAGGCGGAGAAGGAGCGGGCGCGAGCAUUGCUCUUACAGAAGAAGGGAGCCACUAAUGGCCACUAUCCGAGGAACCAGGAAAGGAGGCAAAGGUAUUGAGUAUCCUGAUCUUGAUUCAUCUCUGAAUCGCUUUCAAGCACUUGCUUCUGGGACAAGAAUUAGAUAGGGAAUUCCAAAUAUGAAUCCCCAAAACCUGAUAUGUUGCUUCCAAUCCCUGCUCGGGAAUAAGUGGGAACGUGAGGGAGUAUCUUUGUUUUCUGCUGGAGAACUGAACUUCUACUUGCUUCCUGCUUAAUCUCACUAUCUACAUGACCUGAAACCGUGACUGCUGAUCAAAUGUGCUUGAUUGCUCGAACCACUGAGAUCUACCCUGCUCAUCACUCGUCAGAUAUGCUCAAACUCGUUGCCCAUGUGUUUUUCGGUGAUGUAUAUAUUUACGAGUUGUAAAGGCAUCGGUUGUUCUUUUUUCAAUUGUAUUUUGUCAUUUUAUUAUUCUCCUUUCGUCCUUUCUGGUAUGGUCAUAGAAGGUGUAGCACUGUAGGCUGUAGCUUCAGGGGCGGCUUUUAGCAUGUUCAACAUGUUCCAUGGAACAUGGCCCCUUAAUUGUGAGGGCCCCAAAAUAGAGAAAGUUCAAGUAGUAAAAAGAAAAAGUUUAUCUACUUAUUUGGACUACUUUUUUUUUCAUAUAUGAUUAUAUGAAGUAUGGAUGAGCUAUUACGUUAUUGAAUUCUUCAAAUAUGAGAUUGCACAGGGCCUCUAUAUCGUUUGAGACGGGCCUGUGUAGCUUAUGACAUGUAUCAUGGAAAGAAUCUUGUUGAUUUUUGUAACCUAUGGGCUUUCAUACCUCCACAUAAUUUGCUAUAUCUUACUUUUUAUGGUA